AUGAGUGUUUACAAGCAAGAUCUUGCCGAUUUUUCGGCUGAAGAGUCUCAGCUUGUUGUUAAACUCUCAGACUUCGACUUCGGAGACGUAAUUGGGAAAGGCGGCUUCGGCGAAGUCAACAGAGCAAUACAAAAAUCUACUGGCCGUGAUGUUGCCAUCAAACAAAUCUUUGCCGAGCGUCUUGAGGGCAAUAGACUUAGACGUUACAUCGGAGAAAUCAAAACAAUGGCUAAAUGCGAUAAUAUGUUUUUGGUUCCUUUCGUUGGCUUUACAGCUGAACCACCAUAUGCUAUUGUUUCUGAGUAUAUGCCAAAUAGUGCCCUUGAUAACUAUAUUAGACAUAGAAAUAAUGAUAUGCUUUCCGGAACUCAACUUACAGCCAUAGCUAUUGGAAUUGCCCAUGGUAUGAUACAUAUACAUUCGAAAAACAUUAUUCAUAGAGACCUGAAAGCAGCAAAUAUUCUACUUGACUCAAAAUUAUUUCCCAGAAUUGCUGAUUUUGGUAUAGCAAGAUUCGAAGAUUCCACUGAUGCAGGAAUGACUGCAAAGAUUGGAACACCAAAUUACAUGGCUCCAGAGUUGAUUACUUCAAAAGAUUACACAAAUAAAGUUGAUGUUUACGCAUACGCAAUGAUUCUCUACGAAAUGUCAGAGAACCAGAGACCGUUCAAAGGUCUAAAGGUCAAUGACAUAUUCCAGCAAGUUGUACAAAGAGAUGAAAGGCCAAAUUUCACAAGAAUGACACCAGCUCCUUUACAAAAGCUAAUUAAGCGCUGCUGGGACAGAGACCCCGAAAUGAGGCCAUCGUUCGAAGAAAUUUUCGAAGAAUUCAGAAGUGGUCGAGUUUAUUUCCCAGAUACAAGGCGUUAUGAUAUUAUUAAGUUCCUGCAAGUCAUAGAGAAGGAUGAAGCCAAGCGAAAUCCAGGUGCUGGAAUAGCCCGUCCUAUUGCAAAACGUUCGGAUUAUUCGGAUGACUCAUCUAGUUAUUCCUAUUCUGAUUCUCCACCGCCACAAAAGAAAUAUACAGCUCCUCAGAGAUCUGCAUCCUCAAAUUCAAAUCAGAAAGAGCCACAACAUAAAUAUAUUCAAGAAAAUGAGUUGGAAUCCGAACAAUAUUCGCAAUCGACCGAAUCUUCGAGCUCUGAGAGCGACCAUGCAGAUGAAGUUCUCCGCAAUUACAGAAAUCCUUUAUUCUUCAGAUAUUUAGAUUAUUACGCAAAAACAAUCGAUCCAUCGCAGUUUAGCCCAUUCUACUCUCCAAUAAGCACCCACAUCAAAUCAUCUACACCAGCAAACGUAAUUAAUGCCGUUUUAACAGCUUGUUACAAUUUAAUGAAAAGGAACAGCCAAUUCAUACAUUUAUUCGCUUCUACGAAAUUCUUCUUCAACCUACCAAUCUCCAACGAGCCAGCGAUUGAUAAAAUCGUUGAUUGUUACUCAAUGUUAUUUACAGAGUAUCCAAAAGCUCUUGGACAACAGCAUUGCAGCCAACUAACACAGUUAUUAGAAAAGAGACCCGAAAAGAUGUUAAUUCUACACUCAUAUUACGUAAAACAGCUCUUACAAUUAAAUAAUCCGUGGCCUGUCUUAGACAACUUAUUUACAGUCCAAAGAUUGAUGCUACAGAAAGGAUAUGGCUAUCUGUUCCUUUCUUUGUUCUUCUAUCUCAUCAAAAAGUACGACAUUUACGCCAAAAACAGAGCAGUCCAUUUAAGAGGCGUUUUCCUUCAGUUCCUCAAUGCCCAUGAUACAGCAACACUCAGAGCCGCGUACGAUGGCCUCUCAGGACUCUACGAUGAUGUAAAAGGUUUAGAUUUUACCAGAAUUAACAACCACCUCAAAAAUUCAGAGCUUGCGGACUCCGUUUUGAGUUUGUUAAUUAGGGUUAAAUCUAUUAAUCCUAACAGAGAUCUUUUGGACUCACUUUUGAAAGCAUCUCGAGAAUCUCUGAAACCAUGGAUUGUUUUAUUGAAUAUUGCUAAUACUUCUACAGGUUCUGAGUUUCUCCUGCGAUACAACAGUUGGAUGGAUGAAUGCGAGCGUCAUCCCGUCGAAGUCACACGUGUUUUUGUUGUAAUUUUCAAGCAAAACGAAUACAGAGACACAUGUGUUGAAAUGCCACAAUUCACAAAGCUUUUGAAAGCGAUGCUCGCGACAAACGACAGACACAACCACUCCGCAGUUACCUCCAUUGUAAGGAGAUGCCGUCAGACAUCAAUUUUGUUGAACAGAUUGGCUGAUGACGGAGUAAUCAAAGCUUAUGUCGACAGCACUCAAAGAACGGGAACAACAAAGGUUUACGCGAAUGCUUUGGCUUUCUUCGAUGCUUUGAGCAGGAUCGCGUACAAUCCAAGUUAUCUCUUGUUCACACAGCAGUUAGUUGACUUGCUUUCGAGUAAAGAACACGCGAGUGAUGCGAUAACUGUGAUUGUGAGUAUGUCUUUCUACAAAGAAUGCGCACAACAGUUCAAAGAAAGAGAUCUGUUGACUUAUUUCAAGAGUUUGGAGAAGAUCGACAAGUAUUCACAUGCUGCACAUGCUUUUAUUAAGAAUUUAGAAAAGAUUUGA